AUGUUUGUGCUGUUUGGCCAGCGUGCUGCUCGUUCUCAAAUGCUGCCUCGACCAGCGAAUGUUGGUAGUGGCACAGACGGCCAGGUGAGCCUUCCGAUAGAGAGCCACAGCCACAGUCUCGGCAGUGCCGACGGCAACUGCCUGCCACCUCGCGUGGAAGACUACGUGGAUCGGAGCUCGGUCCUAUCCGAGAUCCUUAGAAACUUUGACUCCAGCGGUGGGCAGCGUCCUCGCAGAGCUUGUGUCCUCUCCGGACCCGAAGGGAUCGGAAAGACAGUGGCUGCGAUCGAGCUGGCCCAUUUCGCCUCCUCUCCUGGCCGCCUCUUCUCCAGGAACGUCCUGUACGUUCCCAUUGACGGCACGCCAGACAUAGCAAAUGUAGUUCAAGGCAUUUCUCAGUCUUUAGCAACACGAAGGCCGCCAGUGCUUUCGAGCGCCUCCCGGAAUCAAAAGGACAUCCUCCAAGCACUGCACCACUUGGACCAUACAAGGGGUCGACAUCUGCUGCUCCUGGAUGACCGUUGCGGAGCUGUGGGGGCGAGCUCUGAAGUUCGAAGCCUACUGAGUAACAUGCUGGAGGCGGCCAAGAAUUUGAGUCUAGUUGUGUGCUCGCGAGAACAGAUGUACGAGUCGUUGGGACCGUGCAAAUGCGUCAAUGUGCCAAUGGUAGCAUUGACUGCUGUACAGUCUGCGCAACUUUUCUUGAAGCGCAUGCACCGGCCCCUUAGACCCUGCGACUUUGAGCAGAACGCAAGCACGCAGAUAGCGCUUGCGAGGAGCGAGGAGAUUCUUACGAGGCUGGCACAGCAUCCAUUGCUAGUCCAGCUCGCGGGUAAUCCAGGGCAGGUGGAUGCCAUCUGCCAGAGGGUCACUCCACAGCUGCGGUCCUUGUUCGAUCUUUGCGGCGUGAGGGCAGCUCGAGCUAUGUCGCUUGACGAGAGCAUCGCGAGCCAUGUCUCCGUCCUUGUGCCGCAGGAGAAGACCAUCGAGCCUCUGCAGCUUACACGGAAAAUGUCCAUCGAUGGUGCGGUUGGAGAACUCUUGCCGAAAGCGAUGUCGAUGGAUGGACCUGCCCUGGCCCGUGCAAUGUCCAUAGACGAGACUCAGGUGCCUCCUGAGCAGCUAAUCUUCCUCAGAUGGCCAGCUGAGCAGGAUGUUCACCAGCUGGUCCCGAGCGGAGCUACGGCACCGAAAACAGCCGUGCAGCGGCUGGAGCAAUUGGUCCCAUCCGACGGCUCCUCAGCGACGGAGGACUCAGGUGGCAUUUGCCUUCCUUCCUGGGACCGGAUAUGCCUGCUAGAUAUGGAUGCCGAGGAUGUCCUCCAGCCAGACGACGUGGCAAAAUUCGACGCCUUCGUGUUUGGUGGCAUUCUUGGGAACGUGAUUGAGAAUGACGAUGGUUCGUACGGCAGCGACGACCGUACGUCGGAAAUCCGUUCCUACUUCAAGCAUCGCCGGCAUCUGGGGCCCAUGCAGAUGACCACGGAUACCGCAGUGCUCGUGUCGCAGAAGGUCCUUGAACGUGCUUGCCCACUGGCGGAGAUACCGUUUCUGGACUCACCAGAGUUCCAGCGCGCAGCCGAGGGCGAAGGACCUGCUGCAUCCGACUCGGUCUGCAUGGAGGUUUGGGAGCCGGCUGCAUGCAUUUGUGCAAGACUCUGCGUGUGUCUGUGUGUGUGUGUGCGCAUGUGCAUGUGCAUGUAUAUGUGUUUGCUUGUUUGCUUGUGUUUUUGUUUGUUUGUUUGUUUGUUUGUCUGUGUUUUUGUGGGUUUGUGUGUGUGUGUGUUUGGUUCGAGCAUUUGUGUGCAUUUCUGUAUGUAUGUAUGCAUGCAUGUAUGUACGAAUGUAUGUAUGUAUGUACGUAUGGUUUGUUUGUGGGAGAUGUGUAUGUGUGCAUGUAUGUACGUAUGCAUGCAUGUAUGUGUGUAG